AUGUCAACGCCAUGCAUCGCCGCCGACGACGACGAUUCAACGCAGCCUUUCUCUCCCAUCGGUCGUGAUCGCAUACUCCAACGCGUAGAUGAAGCUCAGGCUAAUUGUGAUGAUGGCGAUCACGAUGGCGUCAAGAAUACCGGCGAUGAUGAGAUGAUACUGUCCGCCUCCAGCCAAGAGACUACAGAUAAUGCCGAGCCCAACAUCUCUUAUCAGAAUAAUGCUGUUACCUGGAAAGAUGAAAACGAUCAAACACAACAUGCCGAUGGCAUUCAUUUCGAUAUUUACUUGGACACUUUAACCAACACAUCUCUCUUCAAGCUCUACUGCAACAUUCACCACAAAGGCAGCAAAGCCAAAGGCCAGAAGCACACCAUCUUUUUGUUUAUACACCCCGAGUCAGUGCGAGCUAUUACGCUGGAUAACGGGCGACCUGCAGGGCCGGGCUUCUCUAGAUCCGGUCGCCACACGUUAUCAUUUUCCAUCACACAACAGCCAUCCCUUAUAAUUCCCAAGGGCUACGUCUUAGAGUCCAAACAGAGAAGCAAAGGCCUACUGAAUGCAGUGCUCGCCUUGGCCAAUGUGACUGAUUUCGCUAUUCAUCUGAACAAUUCCAAUAUUAUCCCACCUAAAAGAACACGGCUGGAGGUGAUCGCCCGAAUUUUCUCGCCAAGUUCCUCUUCUAAUCGGCCCCUGACAAACAAAAGAUGUGCCAACCUCGAGUCAUUGUAUGGCGGCAGAGGAGGCGAAGUUGCUAAUCUAAACAAAGAUGUGGGAAAGGCGCCCACUGAGGCUGAUCCGCCCCCGUCUUACGACGAGCCACAGCGUGGUCAAGUCUCUAAUAAACGCCGACGUAUUGAUUCUGAUGUUACGAAUGACAAGUCUCCCGCAAUCCAUGAUGAUCUAUUCAAAUCCAUCCGCAGCCAUCUCGAUAGUAUAGAGAGCCGCAUCUGCAUUCAUCUCGAUGGCAUGGAAGGGCGAAUCUAUACUCGUCUCGACAGUAUCGAGGAUCGUUUGAAGCAACUUGAAGACAAGGUCUCAGGUGUAUUAGAUGUUGAUCGUGAUAUACUCAUUCAAGAAGAAAUUAGUGAACAACUGGAUGAUUGUAUUACAGGUGUAAAAGCUGAAUCCGAAGAACUGUUCAAAGCUAUUGAUGACCGAGCAGACAAGACGAUAGAACGAUUGGAACAAGAGGUCAAUGAGAGAAUCGAUCAGCUGGGAGAAGAGGUCAAGGACAACACAGUGCAGCUCGUAGAGGAAGGCUUAAAGAAGAAGCUAGUCAACGCGAGUUUACGAAUUGAUGGAGCAGUCUUCUUGGACUUAUAGCAAUGCUAUUCAAUUACAGUUACAUAUUUCUC